GCUAACCGAUAGGAAAGUACCUAACACGCGUGCUGUAGACGAGAAACGUUUAGUCGAGACAGAGCUCAUCCACGGGUUAGUUGAUUUUUUCUCAUCCAACAGACAAAAUGGCCGAUGUACCAAAACGUGAUAUUGAAAAUAUCGAAUUCGUUUUCGAAAUCAUGGGCUCCCCCGGUGUGGGCAUUGAUGCCGUCGAUCUAGGUGAUGCCCUCCGCGCUCUCAACUUGAACCCCACCUUGGCGCUAAUUGAAAAAUUGGGCGGCACCAAGAAGCGCAAUGAGAAGAAAAUCACAUUCGAAGAAUUCAUCCCCAUCUACGCUCAAGUGAAGAAGGACAAAGAUCAGGGUUGCUACGAAGAUUUCAUUGAAUGUUUGAAAUUGUACGACAAAGCCGAGAACGGUACCAUGCUGUUGGCUGAAUUGCAACACGCCCUGCUGUCCCUUGGUGAGCAAUUGGAUGAUGAGCAAGUUGAGACUCUCUUCGCUGAUUGCAUGGACCCCGAGGAUGACGAUGGCAUGAUCCCUUACUCCCAGUUCAUCCAGAGAAUGAUGAGCGAUCCAGUUGUCUUCGACUAAGCGCAUUUCUCGCCAAAAUGUGUGAAAGAGCAGAUCAGCUAUAAAAAUACCAUCCACUUAUAGCGGCAACCAUUCUCCAUAGAUGUUUUAUUCAUCUCUCUCUCUCGUAUAUUUAUUUUAAAUUAAAUUUUAAUAUUUUCUGCUUAUGAAUACUCUAAUUGUAUUACAAACGUAGUGCGAUUACUUUUGAACGAAUACAUUAAAAGAAGCAAAAACCAAAACAAAUGAAGAAGAACUUAAAACAAUUUUUAAAUUAUGUAUAUAAAAACAAAAACGUAAACGAAAAAAAAAACUAAAAUUAUAAAAUAAUUUUGUUGUUCAUUUAUUUAAUUUUAAUUACAUGAAAAGCAAUGAAUUAUAAUAUUAUAUAUAGACAAAAAUAUAUAUAUAUAUAUGAAAUUCCGUAAACUACAAUAAAAACAACAAACUCGUGUAGUCAACAGUACGAAAGGACAAAAGCAUACGUAUACAAGUCACUAUUAUAAACACAAACGAAAACAAAAUAUAACUUAAUAAUAACAAUAACAACAAAAAAUAUGAACUGGAAGAAGCAACUGACAAUUGAAAGCGCCAACCGAAAAAGUUAGUUGUAAUUUUCUUUUGUAAUUUGCAAUGUACAUGAAAAUUCUCCCAACAGUGUUAUAUUUGCUGCCGAACAUGCGGCAAAUUAGAAGGAACAAAAACAAAAACAACGAAAGAUUUAAGUCGUCUUUACUAUCUCUCUCUCUGUUCUGCAUGCACUGACAUGCAAUGCAGUUUUAUUUCAUUAAAUUAUUUUCUUUUGUAAAUAAACAAGAGUAAAAUUUUACUUUGCGCAACAAAAUGCCGGAAAGCAACACUCCCAAGCAUCAGCAAUACAUAAAUCUUACGGCAAACAAAGCCAGUUGGAUAAAAAAAUACAUGUGGCAGCAGCACAUCAUAGGCAUGCUGGAGGUUGCGCAGUGCUUGGAAAAAAUGUAAAAAAAGAAUAAACAAAAACGAAAAAAAAAAAAAUGGAAAACACCAAUGAAACAACACAGUUAAUAAGUAGUUUUAAAAAAUAUUUACUCAUUUUGGAUUACAAAACCAAUUAAUAUGUUAUAGUCAUUUCUAUUUAAAACAGGCCAAAGAGUUAAAUGGAAUUAUGAAAAUAACACCAAAAUACACCUCAAAAAGAAUAUCGAAUAAAGUGUGUACAAGCUAAGUGUGUAUGGAUAAAA